UCGGUGAAUGGUGUGUGGUGACGUUGGUGACAUCCGAUAUUUACUUUUUCCACGAGCAAGCCUAUAUUCUGUGACAUUUCGUGCCGAAUUCGUGCAUUUUGGAGUUAAAAAUCGUAGUUCUCGUUUAAUUGAAACCUCUUUUACAAGACUCGUCAUCAUGCAGAACGACCAAGGAGAACACGUUGAUCUGUACAUCCCCAGGAAAUGCUCUGCGAGCAACCGAAUCCUCCACGCUAAAGACCAUGCUUCAGUCCAGAUUGCUAUUGCUGAUGUUGAUGCCUCUGGACGAAUGACUGAUACCGUUAAACACUACGCUAUCUGCGGCGAAAUCAGGCGAAUGGGUGAAUCAGAUGACUGUAUCUACAGGCUGGCAAAGAAGGACGGAAUAAUAUCUUAAGUUCUACAAGUUGACAACAUGAAUACGGCUCUUGAAAUCUCCUUUUUGUUAUUGUUAAGAACAGAAUCCUAUAUCUGAAGUACACUCCUUUUUUUUUUUUUUUUGUAA